AUGGCGCCUCGGCCGCUGCCCCGGACCGGCGGGUCGGCGGCCGGCUCCCGGCCGGUCCCGCCUCCUCCUCUGAGGACUCCCCGCCCUCUUCCUUCCUUUCUUUUUCUUUCCCUCUGCUGCCUCCCAGAGCAGCCCUACCCGCUGCCGCCGCCGUCGCCGCCACCUCCUCACGCCCCCUUCCCGAAAUACCCUGGCAGCCCCCGCGGCCGCGCCGUUCCAGCCCGCGGCAGCGGCGGCAUCCAAACUCCACAAUAUUACCACCACCGCCUGCCGCGAUUGGCGGCCGCGCGGGGGAGAGGCCAGAGUAAGCCGAGCGCCCAUUGGCCACGCCGCCGCGCUCGCUGGUGCCCCCCGCCUCCAGCGGAGGGAGGGGCGGGCAGAGGAAGCCGCGAGGGUGGGCGCGGAGCCGCGGUGCGGGCGGGGCGGAGGAGUAGGGAGGGGCGCGGGCCGGUGGAGGGCGGCCAGGUGUCCCGGCUCCCGGGCGCGCGCCUCAGGCAUGGUGGGCGGAGCCCGGGGAGGAGGCGGGUGGGGAACGGCCCGGGACUCGCACGUGGAGGUAUAGGGCGGACGCCUCCCUCAGCCAGGGCAAGACUGAGGAGCAGUUCCUGGGAGAAGCACAUUGUGGCUGCAGCAAGAUAUCGUGAAAUACCAGAUCAUAAAGGACAGAGGAAUCCUGAAGAGGAUAAAAUCAUGGAGAGAUGGGGCCAGUUAACAUUACCAAAGGAGCUGGGCUUGGAGGUAUUAAUCUCAAGAGCCCUCCCUAAUGAAUACCCUGCAUGCUAGUCUCUGUCUCAUUCGGCCUCCCUGGGAACUCAUCUUGCCAAUGGGAGUGAAGUGGUCUUUAAGUAAGAGAAUGAGAGGUAAGAUUGGAUUGGGUGGUGAUAACUCAGAUCAGUGUGAGGAUGCGCUAGGCUGGGGAAAGACUGGAGGAGAGAUCAGUUAGGAAACGAGCAAGAUUCCAGGUAAAAGAUGAUGAAGUCUUGGAUAAGGGUAGAGGCAAAAGCAACUCUAUGCAUGGCCGCCAGCUUUCCUGUGACCAGCCUCAUGGAGCCUAAUCCAUAACAUAUUAGCUAAAAGAAGUUCUUCCUCAUAGGCAGCACAAGUGAAAAUAGACAAAUCAGAUUACAUCAAAGUAAAAAGCUUCUGCACAGCAAAAGAAAAAAUCAACAGGGUGAAGAGACAACCUAUGAAGUGGGUGAAAAUUGCAAACCCAUCUGAUAAAGGAUUAAUAUCCAAAGUAUAUUAGGAGCCCAAACAACUCACUUGCAAGAAAACAACCUGAUUUUAAAAAUGAGUAAAGGACCUGAAUAGACAUUUCUCAAAAGAAGACAUACAAGUGGCCAAUAGGUAUAUGAAAAAAAUGCCCCGUAUCACUAAUCAUCAGAGAAAUGCCGAUUAAAACCAAAAUGAGCAUCACCUUAUACCUGUUAGAAUGGCUAUUAUCAAAGACAAAAGAUGUUGGUGGGAUGUGGAGAAAAAUAAUUGCAUGCUGUUGGUGAAAAUUUAUACUAGUACAGCUGUUAUGGAAAACAGUAUAGAGGUUCCUCAGACAAUUAAAAAUAGGACCACCAGGCCAGAGUGGUGGCUCACGCCUGUAAUCCCAGCACUUUGGGAGGUCGAGGUGGGCAGAUCAUGAGGUCAAGAGAUCGAGACCAUCCUGGCCAACAUGGUGAAACCCUGUCUCUACUAAAGAUACAAAAAUCAGCUUGGCAUGAUGGCAUGCACUUGUAUUCCCAGCUACUCAGGAGGCUGAGGCAGGAAAAUCUCUUGAACCUGGGAGGCAGAGGUUGCAGUGAGUCGAGAUCGCACCACUGCACUCCAGCCUGGUGACAGAGCAAGACUUCAUCUCAAAAAAAAAAAAAAAAAGACUACAAUAUGAUUCAGCAAUCCCACUACUGGGUAUGUGUUCAAAGGACAUGAUAUCAGUAUGUUGAAAAGAUAUCUGCACUCUCAUGUUAACUGCAGUGCUGUUUAUAAUAGCCAGACAUGGAAACAACCUAAGGGUCCAUCAAUGGAUAAAUGGAUAUAGAAAAUGUGAUUGUAUUUAUGAGGAAGGCAUGUUGAAAGCUGAGAUGGGUCAAUAGCUAAGCCUCUUACGCCAGUUAGUCAAUUUGUAAAUGCAAAGGAAAGGUUCUUGAAGGAAAUUACAAGUACCUUACUGUUGAUAUAGAGAACGUUUGAGUGGUCUGGAUAGAAAAUCAAAUAGCUACAACAUUCCCUUAAGUCAAAGCCUAAUCCAGAGCAAAAUCCUAAGUUUCCUCAAUUUUAUGAAGGCUGAAAGUGGUGAGAAAGGUGCAGAAGGAAAGUUGAAAUCUGGUAGUGGUUGGUUUAUAAAGUUUAAGGAAAGAAGCCAUCUCCAUAUCAUAACAGUGCAAGGUGAAGCAGCAAGUGCUGAUGUAAAAGCUGCGGCACGUUAUCAAAAAAAUCAAGCUAAGAUAAUUGAUAAAAUUGGCUACACUAAAUAAUUGAUUUUUAAUGUAGACAAACAGACUUCUAUCGGAAAAAGAUGCCGUCAAGGACUUUCAUAGCUAGAGAGAAGUCAAUGCCGGCCUUCAAAGUUUCAAAAGAUAGGCUGACUCUCUUACUAGGGACUAAUGUAGCUGAUGACUUUACCUUUGACACCAAUGCUUAUUUCCCAUUCCAAAAAUCCAAGGAUCCUUAAGAAUCAUGCUAAAUCUACCCUGCCUGUGCUCAAUAAAUGGAACAGCGAAGUCUGAAUGAUGGCACAUCUGUUUACAGCAUGGUUUACUAAAUAUUUUAAGCCCACUGUUGAGACCUACUGUGCAGAAAAAAAGAUUCCUUUCAAGAUACUAAUACUCAAUGACAAUAUACCUGGGCACCCAAGAACUCUUAUGGAAGUGUACAAGAUGAUUAACGUUGUUUUCAGGCCUACUAACGUGACAUUUAUUCUCUAGCCCAAGAAUCAAGAAGUAGUUUGGACUUUCAAGUCUUAUUAUUUAAGGAAUACUUUUAGUGAGGCUAUAGCUACCAUAGAUAAUGAUUCCUUUGAUAGAUCUGGGCAAAGGAAAUUAAGAACUUCCCUGAAAGAAUUCACCAUACUAGAUGCCAUUAAGAACAGUUGUGAUUGAUUGGAGGAAGUCAAAAUAUCAGCAUUAACAAGAGUUUGGAAGAAGUUGAUCCCCCUCAUGAAUGAUUCUGAGGUGUUUAAGAUUUCAGUGGAGGAAGUAACUGCAGAUGUGGUAGAAAUACUAAGAGAACUGGAAUUAAAGGUGGAACCUGAAUAUGUGUCUGAAUUCCUGCAAUCUCAUGAUAAAAUGUUAAUGGAUGAGGAGUUACUUCUCAUGGAUGGUCAAAGAAAGUGAUUUCUACUGACACAACAUUUAUUCUCCAAACGUUGUGUCUCUCCAAAAGGCAUUGCAUUAUGAUAUGUGCCCUCUUCGGGGGUGGCAGAGGAAGCAAAGAAAAGAAGUUCUGUCUCCUUACUGAGUUGUGAGUGGAUACUCCUAGUGAAUAUGCUGUGAACAUUGUUGCAGUGACAACGAAGGGUUUAAAAUAUUACAUAAACAUAGUUGAUACAUCAGCAACAGGACUUGAGAGCAUUAACUCCAAAUUUGAAAGAAUUUCUGCUGUGGGUAAAUUGCUAUCAAACAGUAUCAUAUGCUACAGAGAAAUCUUUCAUAAAAUGAAGAGUCCAUGGAUGUGACAAACUUCACUGUUGUCUUAUUUUGAGAAAUUACCACAGCCAGCCCAACCUUCAGCAACUACCUCCCAGAUCCAGUCAUCAGCCAUUAACAUGGAGGCAAGGCUUCACCAGCAAAAAGAUUACAACUCGAUAAAGGCUUAGAUGAUUGGUAGCAUGUUUUUAGCAAUAAAUUACUUUUAAGUUAAGCUAUACACUUUUUUAGACAUAAUGUUAUUGCACAUUUACUAGACUAUGGUAUAACAAAUGCAUAGUGUAAACAUAACUUUUAUAUGCACUGGGAAAAUAACAAAUUUGUAUGACUCACUUUAUUGUGAUAUUUGCUUUAAUACUGGACUUGAACCUGCAGUAUUUCCAGGGAAUACCUGUAUUCUUAAAAACCCCUGACAGUAGAUUUUAAGUGUUCUCACCACAAAAAAUGAAAAAUAUGGGAGGUAGUACAUUUGUUAAUUAGCUCAAUUUAGCCAGUCCACAAUUUAUACAUAUUUCAAAACAUCAUCUUGUACAAAAUAAAUAUAUAAAGUUUUUA